AUGGCGUCGGACCGGCUCGAGAGGCACAGAGUGGGCACCCUUUGCUCCCUGUACCUGAUUGAGCAAUACAUCGAUCGUGAGGCGGAGGAGAGGCUGUUGCGAGAUAUCAGGGCCAGCAAGCAGCAGUGGAAGGCCGUGUCCGGACGCAAGCUGCAGAACCUGGGAGGGAUGGUGCACAAAAAGGGACUGGUCCCGGCACCGAUGCCCAGCUGGUGCACGCCGCUGCUGGCCCGGCUGGCAUCCGAGGGUGUCUACGGUGGACAGCUACCUAAUCACGUGCUUGUGAACGCCUACCAGCCUGGGGAGGGUAUUUUACCCCACGAAGAUGGCCCGCUAUAUUACCCAGCAGUGGCGAUCCUGAGCCUGGCGGCCCCUGCAGUGGUGCGCUUUGUGCGCAAGCGUAGCGCGGCAGAGGCGCAUGCAGAACCGCACCAAUUCAGCCAUCAGCUGGUAGCGUCUGUGGUCUGCCAGCCCCGCAGCCUGCUCAUCUUCAGAGACGAAGCUUACUCGGACUGUUUGCACGGCAUUCUGGAGGCGGAGGUGGAGAGCAUAGAUGCUAGCGUGGUCAAUGCACAGCAGGCGGGGUUGGCAAUCGGGCAGGAUCUGCCGCGGGGUGGGGAGCGGAUAUCGCUGACCGUGCGCCGAGUCCUGCACACUUACAGCUUGGACAUCCGGCUGUAG